GUCAGAACUGCAAUAGCCCAUCAUAGAAAGAAAGUUACGAGAGAGAUAUCUUCGUCUUCCCCAAUCGAAGAGCGCUCUCUCUGUUCUAAAGACAUCAAAGGUUCGAAGGAGAAAAAAGGGAUAGAAACAGAGAGACAGAAUGGGAGAUUGUCGACCUCUGGGUUUCUUGAUUGGGUUGCCCUUCGCCCUCGUUGCAUUGGUUUUAUCCCUCGUGGCCAUGAUCGUAUGGGUUCUUGGGUCGGUGUUGAGUUGCUUGUGCCCAUGUUGCAUAUGUUGUACUGGGAUUGCUAAUUUGGCAAUGGAGAUUGUGCAGCUUCCUGUUAAAGUGAUUAAAUGGUUCACAGAUCAGAUUCCUUGUUAAUGUCAGAUGUUUGAUGUUUGAUUCUCCCACACCCAUGACCCACCCAUCUAUUCUUGAUGUAAUUAUUUCAUUAGUUUGUGACUAAAAUUUGUUAGUAACCGAUCAGGAAGGAGUUUGUAUUUUUUCUCUUUCUUUUCCUUUUCUUGACAGCAAUAGAUCUCCAUUUUGAAUUGGUUUGAUAAA